AUGGCUGAUGUUUUCAGAGGCCUCAACCUCCUUGAGACCCUCAAAGAAUCCAUGGAGAGCAAUAAGUUAUCAGAUGUCAGGGAUGCAGUGGAAGAUCUCCUGAUCAGUAGGAUCAACUUAGCUGUGGUGGGAAUCCGUGGGGAUGAAAAAGACUCCUUCAUUAACUCCCUCCGUGGCCUCGGACCUGGGGAUGAGGGAGCAGCUCCAUCUUCAUCCUCUGCUUCAGUGGAGGUGGCAGGCUAUCCUAACCCCAAACACCCUGACUUCCGCCUGUGGGAUCUGCCGCCUGUGCCAGACACCUCCCCAUUUGAACCUGAAGGAUACAUGAAUAGAUUUAAAUUUCCCCGCUACAAUGCUGUCUUUAUGACAUUCACUCAUACACCCCAUCCCAACAGUGUGGAGGUGUUCUUAGAAGCCCGUUCACUGCAGCAACAAACAGUGUACUUUAUUCUCUUAGCUCCAGUGGGAGAUAAAGAAAAGAGCCUGGAAGAGAAGAGGAAAGCCAGUCUGGAGAUACUGUCAUCACAGGGUGUGACACAGCCCAAAGUCUAUCUGGUCAGGCCCUCCACCCUGGAGAAGUCUGACUUCCCCAGUCUGUUGGAGGACAUGAGCAAAGACCUUCCAGAAAUCCGAGCCCACGCCCUUCUCUUGGCACUACCGACUCUGAACUCAACCUUGGUCACCCAGAAAAAGGAGGCAUUCAAAGCACUGGUAUGGGCAGCUGCCUCCCUGUCUGGUGGGAUGUCAGCUAUUCCUGUUCCCCUGGUGGCAUCUAUGGUGGACUCAAGUGUAGCGGUGCGGAUCCUGACAAAAGCACAAUUAUCUCUAUGCCUGGACGAAGACUCAAUUGAGCGACUGGCCCGACAGCGAGGCAUGGAACCCGCAAAACUCAAAGGGCUGCGGACGUGUACACUGUCAGUGGAGGUCACCAGAGGGGAUGUGAAGAGGCGAUUGGCGGCAGCAGAAAAGGACUUGGCCACGGUUUCGUCAAAGCUGGUGGAGAUGGCAAUGCCGAGACAUGCCCGUUCUGCCAGCCGCUCCUUCACUGCCAUGUUGCAAGCUUUAAACAGCGCCAUUGAUGAAAUGGCGACCGAUGCUGAGAAGAUAGUGGGUGCUGCUCAUGGGAAUGGGAAGUGA